CGGGCCGGUCGGUCCGGGCCGGGGGCGGGAGAGCGGCGGGGCCGGGAGUCGCGCGCGGGGCGGCGGCGCGGGCGCGGGGUGCGCGGGGUCCCGGCGAGCGCGGUCCCGGGGCGGCCCGGCCCGGCCCGCCAUGAGCUCGCCGCCGCCCGCGCGCCGGGGCUUCUACCGCCAGGAGGUGACCAGCACGGCCUGGGAGGUGCGCGCCGAGUACCGCGACCUGCAGCCCGUGGGCUCGGGCGCCUACGGCGCCGUGUGCUCGGCCGUGGACAGCCGCUCCGGCGCCAAGGUGGCCAUCAAGAAGCUGUACCGGCCCUUCCAGUCCGCGCUGUUCGCCAAGCGCGCCUACCGCGAGCUGCGCCUCCUCAAGCACAUGCGGCACGAGAACGUGAUCGGGCUGCUGGACGUCUUCACUCCAGACGAGAGCCUGGAUGACUUCACGGACUUCUACCUGGUGAUGCCCUUCAUGGGCACCGACCUGGGCAAGCUCAUGAAGCACGAGCAGCUGAGUGAGGACCGCGUGCAGUUCCUUGUCUUCCAGAUGCUGAAGGGGCUGAAGUACAUCCACGCUGCCGGCGUCAUCCACAGGGACCUGAAGCCGGGCAACCUGGCGGUGAACGAGGACUGUGAGCUGAAGAUCCUGGACUUCGGCCUGGCCAGGCAGGCAGACAGCGAGAUGACCGGGUACGUGGUCACCCGGUGGUACCGGGCGCCAGAGGUCAUCUUGAAUUGGAUGCACUAUACACAGACGGUGGACAUCUGGUCGGUGGGCUGCAUCAUGGCGGAGAUGCUCACGGGCAAGACGCUGUUCAAGGGCAACGACCACCUGGACCAGCUGAAGGAGAUCAUGAAGGUGACCGGCACGCCCCCCGAGGAGUUUGUGCAGCGGCUGCAGAGUGAGGAGGCUAAGACCUACAUGGAGAGCCUCCCCGAGCUGGAGAAGAAGGAUUUUGCCUCCAUCCUGACCAACGCGAGUCCUCUGGCCGUGAACCUCCUGGAGAAAAUGCUGGUGCUGGAUGCGCAGCAGCGGGUGACGGCGGCCGAGGCACUGGCCCACCCCUACUUUGAGUCGCUGCGGGACGCGGAGGACGACCCCAAGGCCCAGAAGUACGACGAGUCCUCUGACGACAUGGACCGCACGCUGGAUGAGUGGAAGCGUAUCACGUAUAAAGAGGUGCUCAGCUUCAAGCCUCCCCGGCAGCUGGGGGCCAAAGUGUCCAAGGAGACGGCCCUGUGAGGGCAGCAGGGACCCGGCUGUGUCGUCGCCGACUAGCCCUCGCCCGGAGGAGGCGCCUGCCUGGCCCUGGCUUGGUCCCGAGGCUCCGCGUCCCCGGACCAGGACCCGUCAGCCUGGCUCUCUGCCCUCAGCCUGACCAUGGAGGAGCAGCUGGACUUCCCGCGCCGGGUGCCCCAGCUGAGCAGCGUCCAGCCUGCGCGGGGUGGCUGGGCCUGGGGUGGGCUCUCCUGCACCCACAGCCCAGAAUGCAGCGUGCCAUCGGGUGUGGGUGGGUGUGGCCGCGUGCGGGAGGAAUAAAGGCUUUUGUAGACGCGGGCUCUGGCCACUGUGCCCUGCUGGGGGAUCUGCCUCUGGGCCUGCAGCUGCUGCCGGUCACAAAGCUGGUGCCCACCUCCCCGUCAUGUGCCUUCGCCCCUCCUGUGGGGUGAGCUGCCAAUGACCUAGACCCGAGGGCAGGCCCCUCAGGGAGAAGGUUCAGGCCUGUCCCACCCUGCGGCCAGCAGGGCUUUGGAGAGCAGCCCUCUGCUGGACGCCUGCUGACAGGCUGGUCAGGGCGCAGUGGGCUCCUCUCCCUGCCGCCCCCACGGGUAUCAGCAGGGUCAGGCAGACCCCGUGUGCUCCCCGCCCCCUGCCCGGUACACGGCUGGACACACACACAGUAGGUCCAGCCUGCAGCGGUCCAG